AUGCAAAAAACUGUCAACGUCAGGAUGUAUCACAAGGUGAACCGUCAAUGUGACAAAUUUCUCAUCGCCCAACGGCACGACCGGGCCACUCAGCCUCACUCAGCCCGAUGCGCUCGUCGUUCCACGCUCAACAUCGUCUGGCACCGAUAUUCCUACUUUCUUGUACAGCAUCAAUACAGCAUUUGA